AUGUCACAGCCCAGUCAGUGCAGCUGCCUGGACUUCAUGCUGUUUGUGCUAUGCAGCUUCAAGGCUAUUGCUGCCUUUCCCAACUUCUCUCCACUGCUGAAUCCCAGCUGGGGAAACACAGACAGCCUGAUGCACCUGUACACAUCUACUGAGAAGAACAGUUUCCAUCUGCAAAUCAACCCCGAUGGUUAUGUUGAUGGCACACCUCACCAAUCCAUUUACAGUGCCCUAAUGAUCAAAUCUGAGGAUGCUGGCUAUGUGGUGAUAACAGGUGUAAAGAGCGGGCGCUACCUAUGUAUGGACGUUAAAGGAAAUAUCUUUGGAUCGCAUUACUUCAGUCAAGAGGACUGCAUAUUUAAACAAAGAACACUAGAAAAUGGAUAUGAUGUGUACCAAUCUCCCAAGUACAACUUUCUGGUCAGCCUGGGCAGGGCUAAACAAGCUUUCUUCCCUGGUAUGAAUCCACCACCGUACUCCCAGUUUUUGCCCAGGAGAAAUGAAAUCCCUCUGAUCCGAUUCAACACACCUGAACCCCACAGGCACACUAGAAAUGCUGACAUUGAUCCCCUCCAGAUUUUGAUCCCGCAGGGAGAGGCCUUUAACACAGGACCUCAGAGGUUGCAGACUCACUUUGCUCACCUGCCUAGAGAACCCAUGAGAAUCAAUCCAAAUGAUGUGGUCAACCCAGAUGACCCGCUCGCCAUGAUGGAUGUCAGAAGGAAUGGAAGUCCGCGCUUUUACAUUACAAGAUAG